AUGGAAAUACUAGAAGAUACUUCAACGGCCACCACAAUACAAAAUAAAACGUCGGAGGCCCCAUCCGCAGUAAGCACAAGCAAUACUACGGAUGAAAUUUUUGUAACGGUCGAGGAAGAAGAUGCAAAUAAAUAUAAUCAAACAAUAAAUUUAGUAGAACGAAGUGCAAUCACAACCGCAAUAUUGAUUCCCUUUUCGAUUAUUGGAGUUUUAAUUCGAAUUGGACUAGUUGAUUUGCACACAUAUCAAAACGCACCCGUGUUUGCUUUGAUAUAUCCACAAUUUGUCGGGUCUGUUAUUGGUAUAACAAUUGGAAUGUCGAUUGUUGGUCUAAAAUUCGGAGAACACUUGGCUGAUGCUUUCAUGGUAAAUCAGAUAACUCCAAAGGGAAUAGUUCACAAGAUUAUAAUAAGAUCAUCGAAUAUAAAGGAAUUCACACGUCGCGACUGGGUUUGUGUUGUAAGUGGAUGUGUAUCAUCAGUUUUGAUUAUUGCACUUGCUGUUUCUAUUCAAGUCCAACGAAGGGUAUUAUAUGCUGCUGUUUUUGCACCAAUAGAUGGCAAUUAUCCCGCCUUAAUUCAUGGAAAUCUUUAUUUCCUAUUGGAACGUUUACUGCUAACAUUGGUGGUUCGGCGAUCUUAG